AAAGUUGCGGGUAAAGUUCCUCUGGACACGGGGUCUCCGUUUACCAUUGACGGGACAUCCCACCUCAUCCUGCAGCUGUCCGCGCGCCCCACGGCUUUACGCGCGACUGGACACGCGAGACCGACCGGGGUCCCGGAGUAUCCCGAGUGUGUCCCGGGUGUAUCCGGAGUGUGUGGAGGUCCAAAGACCGACAGGGUCCCGGAGUAUCCCGAGUGUUUCCCGGGUGUGUGGAGGUCCAAAGCCCCAGAGAAGAUUCCAGCCCUGGAUUCAUUACUGUUGAUCAAUGGACAGAGUCUCCACAGCGGACAGAGACACACUCACCCCAUAAACAGCUCGUUCUCUCUCGCGGCCGCUCCAGUGGAGGUGUGGAGGAGCAUGGAGCAGGGAGGGGAGAGUCCCGUGGCCCAGGACAGUCCCGAGCGCAGGGGGAGCAGUCCGGACCUCAACGACCUGCCUCCGCCGGGGAAGAAGGGCCGUCUGGAGCUGAACGGGAGUCCCACCGGCCCGCGCAUCAUCCGGCACAACGGGGCCCCUCAGAGACCCCUGGGAGGUGUGAUGAUCCCUGUCUUCUGCGUGGUGGAGCAGUGCGAUGGAGGGAUGCAGACGGAGGGGUGCGAGAGCAGGGAGGAGCACGCGGAGUUCGUCCUGGUCAGAAAAGACAUCCUGUUCUCUCAGCUGGUGGAGACGGCUCUGUUGGCUCUGGGUUACUCGCACAGCUCCGCGGCUCAGGCUCACGGCAUCAUCAAAGUAGGACGGUGGAACCCUCUGCCCAUCCACUUCCUGACCGACGCUCCCGAGGCGACUGUGGCGGACAUGUUACUGGAGGUGUAUCACAUGGUCACUCUGCGGAUCCAGCUGCAGAGUUUUUCUAAGUUGGAGGAUCUUCCGUGUGAACAGUGGAAUCACGCCACCGUCAGGAACGCCCUCAAAGAACUUCUCAAGGAAAUGAACCAAAGCAGCCUGGCCAAAGCCUGCCCCCUGUCACAGAGUAUGAUCUCGUCCAUAGUCAACAGCUCGUACUACGCCAACGUCUCUAUAGCCAAAUGUCAGGAGUUCGGUCGCUGGUACAAGAAAUUCAAAAAGAUUAAAGCAGUGGACUAUCUGGAGAAGAUCUGGUCUGGGCGUGAGCACGUCGACAUCAAGAUUGAGAGAGACAGUGUAGCAGACUUCUGUGUGGUGGGACAGCGGCCCCCUCCUCACCUGGCCGGUCUGGCUCAGCUCGGACACCUGGGAGCGGGGAGUCCUCUGCUCAAAGAGGUGCAGAGCCCCACACAACCUCAGCCUCCCGCCCCUCCCCCGCAGCAGCCGUCCCCCCACGGGCCGCUGCAUCACGGGGGACCUCUGCGCUCAGGACAGGUGCCCCCUCCCCCUCCUCCUCCCGGGCCCCUGCAGCCCCUGCUGGGCCCAGGUGGGCUCCUGUCCCCGCAGCUCUCGCCUCAGUUGGUGCGGCAGCAGCUCGCCAUGGCACAUCUCAUUAACCAGCAACUGGCCGUGAGCCGCCUGCUCGCCCACCAGCACCCGCAGGCCAUCAACCAACAGUUCCUCAACCACCCGCCCAUCCCCCGAGGCUCCGCAAAGACCACAGGAGACCACCUGGGGAGUAACCCCUCCGCCUCAGAGGUGUCGUCCGACAUCUACCAGCAGGUACGGGACGAGCUGAAGAGGGCCAGCGUGUCCCAGGCCGUGUUCGCUCGAGUGGCCUUCAACCGGACACAGGGCCUGUUAUCAGAAAUCCUCCGUAAAGAAGAGGACCCGCGCACAGCCUCUCAGUCUCUGCUGGUGAAUCUCAAAGCCAUGCACAACUUCCUGAACCUGCCAGAGGGCGAGCGGGACCGCAUCUACCAGGAGGAGAGAGAGAGGACCAUGAACCCCUCAGUGGGACUGCCCGCCUCCAACUCAAACUCAUCUGGGCCGAGAAUGUCACAGAAAGUGUGGGAGAGGAGCUUGGACGAGCAGAUAAACCCUGAUACCUGGGCCUCCAUUUGGAAGAACAAGACUAAGAUAUCCAACUCGCCGAAGCAGCCGGGCCCCGGGUCAGAGCUGCCCAUGAAGCUGGAGUCUUUGGUCAACAUUACCUCAGGCAUCUACGAGGAGAUCCAGCAGGAGAUGAAGAGGGCGAAGGUGUCUCAGGCGCUUUUCGCUAAAGUGGCUGCCAACAAGAGUCAGGGCUGGCUGUGUGAGCUGCUGCGGUGGAAGGAGAGUCCGAGUCCGGAGAACAGGACUCUGUGGGAGAACCUUUGCACCAUUCGCAGGUUCCUGACCCUGCCCCAGCCCGACCGCGACCUGGCGUACGAGGAGGAGUCCCGACACCAGCACUCCGAGAGGCUGCACACGGUACUGCACCUGCCCCAGGACCCACAGCUCUUUCACCUGUCGCCCCAGGCUCUGCACCGGCCGCCGCCCGCCCCGCUGAAGGACCACUGCCUGUCCCCCAUGAGAGACGAGCCCCUGUCCGCUCCUGUCAGCGACGAAGGGACGCAGACGACAGUCACAGCGCCGCCGACGACCACGGGAGGCAGUGCGGGGAGCAACAAGAAGCCCAGGUCACGCACUAAGAUUUCUUUGGAAGCUUUGGGGAUUCUGCAGAGCUUCAUCCAGGACGUGGGUUUGUAUCCGGACCAGGAGGCCAUCCACACCUUGUCCGCCCAACUGGACCUCCCCAAGCACACCAUCAUCAAGUUCUUCCAAAAUCAGCGCUACCACGUCAAGCACCACGGUCGACUCAAAGACCUGGGCGAAGGAGCUGCCAGCGGGGGGGUGGACGUUAGCGAAUACCGGGAGGAGGAGCUGCUCUCUGGUUCAGAAGACCCAGAGUCCAGUGAAGACGGAGCGGAGGACAUCUACCAGUCCAACGACGCGAGCGGCGGGAGCACGGGGGGAGCGGCGGUGUCGGCCAGCUCCAACUCGAGUCAGUCAUCCAGCGGCGCACAAGAGGAGACCAAGGACCAGGGGCGACCGGAGGCUCUCAUGGGUCCAAGCAGCUCCGCGUCUAGUCCCAGAGAGCAGGGUGGCUCAGAGUCACCGACUGUUUUACAAAACCGAUCUCAUCCACAAAUACAGGAAGCAAAUCGGUAUCCGCAGUUAUCCCCGUGUCAAAUGAGGACCCGCGCCGAGCCCUUAGUAUAAGCCCCUAAUCAUCUCAUUGAAAGAGCUUUAUAUGUUUUGUCUUAAAACUGAGAGAUCAUGACUGUUUAUUGUGGUGAGAGUCAUGUGCUGUACGGACCCAGAAUUAGACCAAGCACAUUGCACAACCAUUUCAGCACUACACUUGUUUUUGUAUUUCAUUAAACAAACAAAUGCAGACGACACUACAGUCUACACGACACUUUUAAUUUAUGAUAAUUUUGAACUAGGGACUUAAAAAAGGGGAAAAACUGCAGAGAUUUGCUUAAACGUGGCGUAUUUUUUAGCUAGAAAACCUGCCUUGUGCAACUUCCUAUCUUGGGACUAGAAAACAUCUCAAACUCUACCGUAAAUCGUUGGUGUACGGUCCAAAAAUAACGUAGAAUCAAAGGGUCUGUGAAUAAAUGAAAUUGAAUUAUGGAGUUGUCAAUACCUCAGAAGAGAUCAGCAGGUUUGUGGGUUGUAACUGUGAAAGUUUAGGCAAAGCGCUGCUCGAAAAAAAAAAAAAAAAAAAAGGAUGCUGACAACUCUCCACGCUCUACGGCACUGGCCAAUCAUCUCAAGUGUGCGCGUCACAUGGGACUCGUUCAUUAUGAUUCAAGAUUUAACUGGAUUAUGGGACCAAAUGUUCAUAUCCUUGGGAGAAGUGGAAACCGACUGUCCAAAAAAUCACUCCUCCGGCAUUCUUACAGUCUUACUUCACAAACUGUCAGUCGACCAUUUCGGGAUGACACCCAUUGAGUCAUUAGAGUCGGGCGACGGCUCCUCUCUAUAAAAAAAACAUACAUGGUUAAAGGUUAAAAUAUGAGUUGGGCAUUGGACUUGACAGUUUGGGGUAAUGUUGCCUCCAGACCAGAGGUGGCAGCAGACUGAGCAGAGGACCAGAAGACAAUCACUUUACUUGUGGAACGCUUCACUCUCCUUGACACUAAUGUCGUCCUGUCUUGUGUCUCACCUACACUUAAACUUCACCUAUUUAUUGCUAUCCAUGAAUAUUACGAUUGUUAUAUUGUUGAUGUACGGUUAUGAUUAAUGUCAUUUUGUGUUUUUAUUUCGAUGGUCGGUUCAGUUACACCGACGAGAGUUAAAUGAACUGAAGCAGUUACUGACCUAUUAUUGCAUUUUUAUCAUUUUUGGUUAAAGACUUUAAAAAAAAAAACUGAGCAUCUGAUGCCGACCAUGACAAUCUCCUCUUUGAGCCAUCCAUGAAUGUGGCAGUUUGGACUUCACUUAAAAUGUAUGUAAAUAUCUAUAAUGGGAUUUAUUGUUUCUACAGUUUGCUCCGUGUUUGAGCCAGUGAGAGUGCUGUUGAUUCAGUUUCUUUUUUGACAGCUCAGUGGAACAUGAACCAAACCAAAUCCAAUCAUGUUUAGUGUUUAAAGUAAUGCAAACUGCUUACUGUAUAUCUAUGUACCAAACGAUAUCUGAGGGAUAGUUAUUUUGUCGUGCUAUCCUGAUCGGCUGCUACACGUAAAAAAAAAAAAAAAAAAAAAAACUGCUUUUGAAUAAUUCAGUGAGAUCACACCAUACAAUUUUAUCAUCUCCCAGACAGGAAUCAGGGUCAAAUGCAAUUCCAAUGAUUCAUUCAGUGUUUAAGUGAAUAAAAGUUGUGAGUUUAAA